CCCUCUAAUAACAGACCAAUUUACGGUAGUAGAAAUUUUGUUUUUACUUUCCACGUGUUUUGGAGUCAGUGAAUAAACAUUUCUGUAUAAAAUUAUGGGAAGAAUAAAAGACCCCAGUGAAAGAACAAAGAGUGGUCCAGGUAAAAGAACGAGAAAACAAAAGGAUCCAAAAUGCAAGAUCCUGAAAGACGAAGAAACAUCAUUCAAAGGCAAGAAGCUUGGUGGCCAUAUGAAAAAAAGAUUAAGACAAAGAAUGGUGAAGGAGCAAGAAGCCAAGAAAAAACAGAUGUUAGCACAAAGUAAAGAUGUUGUUAAAGGCAAGAAGAAAAAUUUACCAGAGAAAGAGAAUGGCAAACGACAAAAGAAACCGUUUCUAGGUUCUGAUGGUGAUGAAGAUGAUAGUGAUGAUUCAGACAAUCAAGAUGAUGAUGAUGUUGAGAUGGAAGAAAUGAAUUCUGACAGUGAUGAUAAAAUAACAGAUAAUGAUGAUGAUGAUGAUGACGACAAAAUGAAAGAUGACUUUACUGGAGCUGAUGAUGAUAGCAGUGAUGAUGAUGAUGAUGAUGAUGAUGAUGACGAUGACGAUUUGUUACCUGUAGAAAAGGCCGCAAAGAAAUUGGCUAACAGACAGAAAAAAGAAACGGAUGCAAGUGAAAAAGAAUUGCAAACCAAUAUUGCAAAUACUGAAAAAUUUGUCUUACCAAGUGGACAGGAGAUUGAAAAAGAUUCUCACCAAGCACCUGAUUUGACGAUAUUAAACCAAAGAAUAGCUGAUAUUAUGGAUGUUUUGGGUGAUUUUAAAAACAGACGAGAAGAGGGAAAAAGUCGACCAGAUUAUGUUAAACAAUUAAAAACAGAUUUAUGUUCUUAUUAUAAUUAUAAUGAUUAUAUGAUGGGAAAAUUUAUGAACUUAUUUCCACUGGAGAUAAAAGAAUUUUUGGAAGCUAAUGAAGUUCAGAGACCUGUUACAAUCCGUACAAAUACAUUAAAAACACGACGAAGAGAUUUAGCACAGUCAUUAAUUAAUCGUGGUGUUAACUUAGAUCCUAUUGGUAAAUGGUCUAAAGUUGGUUUAGUAGUUUAUGAUUCACAAGUACCAUUGGGAGCGACACCAGAAUAUUUAGCUGGUCAUUAUCUGAUUCAAGGUGGUGCCAGUUUUUUACCUGUCAUGGCACUUGCACCACAAGAGAAUGAAAAAAUAUUAGACAUGUGUUCAGCCCCUGGUGGUAAGACUACGCAUAUAGCCUCGUUAAUGCGUAAUACUGGGUUAUUAGUAGCUAAUGAUGCUAAUGCUGACCGAGCUAAAGCCGUAGUUGGUAAUUUACAUCGUAUGGGUGUAAUAAAUACAGUGGUCUGUUCUUACGAUGGUAGGGGUUUUCAUGAGUUAUCUAAAGGGUUUGAUAGAGUAUUAUUAGAUGCACCAUGUACAGGUACUGGAGUUAUUUCUAAAGAUCCAGAAGUUAAAGUUAAUAAGACACAUGAUGAUUUUAUGAAAUGUUCAGCUAUACAGAAAGCUUUACUACUAUCAGCUAUAGAUUGUUGUUCAGCUAAAUCUAAAACAGGAGGAUAUAUAGUUUAUUGUACUUGUUCUGUUUCAAUAGAAGAAAAUGAAUGGGUAAUUGAUUAUGCUCUAAAGAAAAGAAAUGUUAAAAUUGUUCCUACAGGUUUAGACUUUGGUGUAGAUGGCUUUGUCAAUUUUCGACAACAUCGUUUUCAUCCAAGUUUAAAAUUAACCAAACGAUUCUAUCCUCACACACAUAAUUUAGAUGGUUUCUUUAUUUGUAAACUGAAGAAAAUUUCAGAUAAAAUUCCUGGAGAUGCUGCUUCAAAAGUUGAAGACAUUCCAUUUGGAAUACCUGAUGAACCAGGUGCUACUUCUGAUGAAAAAGAACAACCCCAAAAAUCAGCAAACAAAAGAAACAGUGCUAAGAAAGGACAGCCACACUUCAAAAAUAAAACAAAAUCGAAUAAGUUUAAUAAAUCUAACAAAUCAUCUAAAUUCAGUGGCAACAAAAAACAGAGUUAUCAAGGAAAAGGCAGAAAUAAAUGAAACAUCAAUCCUGUGAAAUAAAUAAUAUAUAAUGAUGUUGAUGACUGACAAUAUCUGGAUUUUUUCUGCAUAUGGAUAGUGAACCUUUUCCAAACUAAGUGGAAUUCUGUUUCUUUUUACUCUUAUUAUGUAAUGGGAUUAUAAAGAGAGAGACAGAGAGGUGGGGUUUAACAUCCACUCGAAAACUGAAAUACAUCUUUAAUUACUUUAUAGCAAAAUGUGAGCUUGGUUCUCAGUGAUUAAAUGUAUAUCGAAAA